UGCUUCAGCUUCAAUGUCCAUAUGCCAACUCAACUGGCUGGAAUCAUUAACAGUACCUGUUUGUUGUCUUGACAUACUCCCGUGGAAACGUCAAGAAUGCCUCUUUCGCAUAAUGACAUGAAGUUCUGGAAUAUGUGCGUUGUUUUUGUGGUUUUGCCUCACGUAAAUGCUGGAUUACUGUCUGACUUCAAGAUCUGUGGAGAUUCAGAGUGUGAAAGCCGAAUGAGCAUGGUGCGAGCUGUCAGGGAUCACCAUGGCAAGGACUGUCGUUUCUUGAACUUCCGACAAGGAGACACCAUUUCUGUUCACCACAAACUGACUGGAAAGAGAAGCAAUAUUUGGGCUGGCAGCAUUCACAAACAGUUUGGCUAUUUUCCAAAAGAAGCUGUGAAAGAGGAACAGACAUUUGCAAGUCAGGAGAUAAUAGUUGAAACACAGGAAUCAGAUUUUCUUUGUAUGGAUGAGUUUGGCUAUCCCAUUGACUCCAGUCAUUUGGACCCUAACGGAGAUGACACUGAUCUGAAGACCCCACUCAAGGAAGCUGAAACAAGUCAAACAAGACGUUACACUGAUGAAACCAAAGCUGAAAGUCCUACAUUAUCUGGAGAUGUUUCCGCAGCACCUGACACCCCAUCAGAAGAAGUGGAUGAAAACAAAAAGGAAGGUGAAGGUGCUGCCAAGACCUACCAGGAAUCUCCUGAAACCCCUACGGCAUUGAAGGAACAAGGUGGGUCUCCUGCCUCUUCCUGGUUCAGUUCUUCAGUGGCAGGAUGGUUAGAGCUAGGAAAAGAGGAGGAACCUGACAAUUUGGCUGAGAGAGAGCAGAAAAAUAUGAAACAACAGAUGCAGGCGGAAGAUUCAGUGACAAGGUGGCUGGGCGCUGGAAAAGAAGAAAAACCAGAGUCUACCAAAUACAACAUAAACAGUGGACAGCAGGAAAGACAAAUUGUUGAUUCUUUCACUUCAAAAAUGACCGGGUGGCUUGGCUUUGGAGGGGUUAAAACCGCAGACUCUUCCACAGAAAAAGAGUACAAUGACAAAACAGAAAUGGAAGUCGAGGACUUCAGGAGCAGAAAACUCUAUUUGGACCUAAACACACAAAAAUUACAAGAGGAGGCUGUUAAAGAGAUGGGGGCAUUGGAUUGGCUGGGGAGUGGACUCUCAAGAACACUGGGGUUUGGCCUGAACAACCAGGACACUGGAGACAAGAUACAAGUCGGUACAGCAGACAAGGAGGAGGAAGAGAAACAGCCAGCAUCUGGUUUUUGGUUUGAUUUAGGGAUCGGCAACAUUUUAGCCUUCAAGAAAGAUAACACUGAAUCGGGCACAGAGCCUGAUGACAAUGUGCAAGUAAAUGCUGGUGCGGACAUGAGAGAAACAUUUGCUGAAAGCAAGACUAGUGCAGUAGAUGGCACAUCUGAGAUUGAUCAAAAGGAUCACCCUCCCCAUAACAGGUUGGAGAACAUCUCCUUUUCUUUUAAUGAUAAGGAAGAAGGCAAUCAUUUAGAUAUAAGCGACAAUGAUCAGGAUGUUGUUCCCCAUGAUGAUGUAACCCAGAAUGACUCAACGUUCACUGAAUCUGUGAGUGAGAUUGAGGAUUCCAAAAGGGAAGAGGUGGAAUUUACAAAUGAGGUUGGUCCAGUGAAGGCUGGGUGUGAGUCUUCCCUAGAAUCUGAGGGGAAUGAGGAACAGGAAGAGAAAUGUGAGGAGAUAGAAGCGCAGAGGGAUUCAGAAGACAACCAAGAAGAGAGGGAGGGUUUGGCAGAAAAGAAUCGGGAUAAUGGACAGGAAGAUCGGGAUAACUUGGAUAUAACCGGUGAUAACGCAGACACUGAGCCAUAUCAUCAUGAGUUCAUCCAGAAAGAAGAAAAUAGUUCUCCAAAAUUCAGUUCAAACUACUCCAAAAAUACAAUAUAUGAAAAACCACCAGAAGAGGAAAGGGGGGACACACCCAUUCAAGAUGCCAAAGACAUGGCGCUAGCAUCUGCUUCUCAGGUAGAAGACUUUUUUAAAGAAAGUGGCUUUGAAUCUUCACCGUGGACCGAAGUGGAAGAAUCUAAGGCAGAUGGGAAACCCAAGGAAUUCAGUGAAGAAGACAGGGAGGAUGCGAAGCGGGAGAUCGAAGAGCAGGAGCACUCUGAGUUGAAAGAAAAGCAGGAGAAGAUGGAGGAGUUAGUCGAGAGCGGGGAGUUACAAGAGUACGAUCUUAAAGACAAGGAAAUUCAGGGCGACUUAGAAGUAUUACAUGGAAAGAAGACAGAAGAAAAGGAGGCGUUAGAAGAGUUGGAAAAGAGGGAUAAGCUGGAGGAUGUGCAGUCAGAAGACAUGAAGCAGGAAGAAGUAAAGGACUUAGCACAGACGGUCGAGAAGUUUGAAGCUGAAGAAGAAGCAGAUGAAUUAACAGAGAAGUUAAAGGAUGAGAAGCAGCGAGAGUUUGGGGAUGUAGAGAAGCGGGAGCAGGUGAAAAAUUUAAAAGAGACGAAGAAUGAAGAAGGUGGCGAGUUAGUAGAGGAUAUGGAAGAGGCACCCAAGUUGUUAGAGAUGAAGGAGAGAUGGGAAGAGUUUAAAGAGACAGACAUGCAGGAGGAUAAAAGGGACAUCAAAGACAAGAAGCUUGAAGAAGUGAAGGAGUUAGUAAAGAAAAAGGAGGAGUUAAUGGAGAAGUUGGAAGAGUUAACGGAUGACAAGCAGGAAGAGCGGGAAAAGUUGAAAGAAAAUAAGCAUCACGAAGACGGCGAGUUAGAGGAGUUAGAAGUCAAGAAGCCGGAAGCGCUGAAACCAGACAAGAAGCAGAAAGAAGCAGAAGAGGUAUUCGAGGGGAAGGAGUUGGCGUACAUGAAGUGGGAAGAGUCAAAAGAGAGAGACGUGGAUGAGUUGGAGCACAAGAAGCGGAAAGAAAUGAAGACGUUUGUGGAGAAGAAGCAGGAAGAGGUUGGUCAGUUAGUAGAGACGUUAGAAGAUGACAAUAAGGAGUUAGAAAAGAGGAAGUUGGAAGCAUUAAAAGACAAACAGGAAGAGGUGGAAAGGUCUGCUGAGAAGAAGCAGGAAGAGGUGGGUGAGUUUGAACAUGAGAAGCAGGACGAUUUCAGCAGAAGUGAUAGGCAGGAUGAAGGUGAAGCGUUAGAAAACAAGAUAGAAGAAGAGGUGGAAGAAGUGGAAGAGCAGCCAACACAGGAAGAAUUAGUGCAGGUAACGGCUGAGGGAAAACAAGCGUUGGGAGAGGAAGUUAACGUGAAGCCAAAUCCUGCUGAAGACGAGCGCAAGGCUCAUGAUGUGGUGGAUAGAAGAAAUGCUAACAAGGAAAUGGAAAGUCUUGCAUGUACAGAUGAGCUUUGUACUCAGCCAGAUCAAGAUGGAAACAUCAGAGAGGGAAACGGACACAACACUGAGGAUAGAUCGGAGGCGAAUCCCUCGGUGGAGGACAGGCAGCAUGAUGAAAAUGGAGACCUUGUUGAAGUUCUCACUGACCUUAUUGGUUUAGAUGUUGGUCAGGAAGCCAAAACUAAACUCACAGAAAAUGAUGUGGUAUAUUUAAACCAGAAAGGCGACAGGGGUCCUCAAAAGAGUCCGGAUCACCUGUAUUCAGUUGAGAUUAAUGCAAAAACAGACAUGUGCAAUGACAUGGAUGCAAAAUGUGACAGUGAAACCAGCACCAAUGGAAAGAUAACACAUCCAAUGCCCUCCAAUGUCAAGUUUGAAGAAAAUGGUGAAGUGACAACUGGACGUGAAGGAGUAUUUGGUCUUUUAAAAAAGGCUGUCAUCUCAUUUGGCCAAAGGCCAAUCACUCAAAUAAAGGAAUCAACAGAAUCUUUCAUUUUAGGGUUUGAUGGAAAAACAAGUCAGAUUCCCAAACCACAACCCCUUGAGACUCCUGAACAACAAGUGGACUCCACAGCAAACAUUGAUAAAGACUUUCAAAGAGAGCCAGUGCAUCCACCAUCUCCAUUGCCAACACCCAAGUCUCAUCCCACUUCUCCACCUUUCAAUCAAGCGAAACACCUCCCCAACCACUACCAGAACGUACAAGUGCAUAUGAGCAUCAAGGAGACAAUUAUAUUGACUGAGUUAUUGGGAAAGAACAAAAUGCAAUUUUUGGAUUACAUUCUUGGCAGCGGAGAGGUUUUAACUGAAGAUGUUGAUAGUGAUGAAUCCAUACUGUCGGAUAUAGAGACACUUCUGCAUUACCACAGGGAAACACUGUUUGCCCCGAGCAUGAGGCUGUCUGAUGUACCUGAGGAGAAUAAGGAAAAGAUGGGAACCAUCACUGCAAUUCAGAAAGUAGAAAUACUGCUGGAAAAAAUGAGAGACACUUUCAACACCAGAAAAUCAGACCAUGAAGCUCAGCCAAGCAGUGUUGGCGAAACUACGGAGGCGGGAUCAAGUCAGACAAUGGGGUUGAUAGUAAGGGAAGGGAAGGAUGGAGGCACAGGGAAAAAGAAGGAUGGUGAGAGAGUGUCCCUGCCGGGUACUGUUAAUAAGGAGUCACACACUCGAACCGAACCACCACAGUCACCUGAAGGGUUAAUGGUGCAGAUUCAGGACUUUAUUCAAUGGUUUCAGGAACAGCCAUCCUCUCAGGUUCAUGCGGUGAACGACUUCCUCAAAUGGAUUAACGUGCAGGUUGUAUCAUCACUGCCUGAUGACAUCAGACCUGGGCCUGACCUAUAUGGGGUCCCAUGGGAGCCAGUUAUGAUCUCCAGUCUGGUGGGGCUGAUGACACUGUUAUUGUUCAGCUGCAGAUGUUACUGCUCUGUCAAAAGCAGAAUGUAUCGACGUAAAGAGCGGUGGAUGGCUGAGCAGGUUGCACAACUGCUUGACGAGAAAUGUAAAGUCCUCGAGACUCUCAGUAAAUGUCAACAAGAGUACGAUAAGCUGGAGAACUCACUUCGGGAAAGUGGUGUGUUGGCCCAAACCCAUAAGACAAGAGACCUUGAGGUCAAAGCCCGACAGUUAAACCAUGCUCAAAUUGAUCUUGAAGAACAUCUGGAACAACUAAAGGAUCAGUUGCAUCAGCAGAGAGAUCACAAUCUAGAGCAGGAAAAAAAGAUAGCGCUCCUUGAGGAGAGCAUGAAAACAAUGGAGGAAGAAACCAAGGAGCUCCAAUCACAGGAAGAACAGGCUCAAACAACCCUUAAAGUGUACGCUAUGAACAGUGACAGGCUGCAAAGGAACCUGGAAACAGCCGGAGAAGAAAACACGCUGCUACAAGAGAGCAACACUCAGUUAAGGCAGCAGGUGGAAGGAUGGGCAGAACGAGUCAGUGAGCUGGAGCAGGAGAUGAGGAGGUGUGAGAUGGCCCACAGCGGAAUGCUACAGGAUGUGGCCAACAAGGAUGAACGUAUAAUGUCCCUCACUGAUCGGCUGCUGGGAAUGAAAGCUUGGGAUGCCGAACUAGAAGGAGACGGAGGCGACACAUCCAAUGGGGCUCCAGGGAGAGAAGAAGAGAAUGGAAAAUCAGACAUACCCACUUCACAAAUACAUCUGCAGAAAGUUCAAAAACUUAUUUAUGCUGCUAAGCUAAAUGCUGACCUCAAAUCACUAGAUGAAGACAAGGACAGAGUGUUUGCCAAGCUGAAUGAUGAAGUAAAAGCUAAAGAAGACUUAGAAGUGAGCAUUACGGAGUUGGAGACUGAGCAGUUAUCAAUGCAAGCAGACACGGAACGCAACUCAGACGAGGUCCAGCGACUACAACAGAAACUCCAGAUUAUGACUGAAAUGUACCAAGAGAAUGAGCUCAAACUGCACAGGCUGCUGACAGUGGAGGAAAAGGAGCGUCUGCAGAAAGAGGAAAAAUUAAACAAAGCAGACAAAUCCAUUGCUUUGGCAAUGGAAGAACUCAACAACUACAAGCUUCGUGCAGAGGAGAUGGAGGAAGAGCUGGAGAAGACCAAGCAGUCAUAUCAGACCCAGAUAUCAGCCCAUGAGAAAAAGGCCCACAAUAACUGGCUGGCAGCCCGGGCAGCGGAUAGAGAGCUAGCAGACAUCAAGAGAGAGAACGCCCUCUUUCGGCAGAAGAUAACAGACACACAGUUUAAGCUGGAUGCCCUUGAAAAAGACCCAUUUGCCUUGGACAGCCUGGCCAGGCCUUUACCUUUCCGAGCUGAAAGAUUGCCUUAUGGUCCUUCUCCUCUUGGUCGACCUGCGUCUGAAAGCCGAGCUUUACUUUCUUCCCCCACGCUGCUGGAAGGGCCCCUGGCCAGAUUGUCACCAAGAGUGUCUCGCGCUCCAGGAGAGCCCCCUAGUGGCCAAGGGGAGCUGGAACGGAGUGGAGGUCCGCACUCAGACAGUGGUUCCAUUUCUCCUUCAUGGGAAAGAGACCACAGGGGACCCCCACCCGGACCACCUGGGCCAAUUCUACCUCAAGCAGGAGGUCCAAUGUACAGGAGGCCUGGUCCACCCCCAGGAGUAAUGGGUCUGCCACCUCCAGGUCCUCCUUUUCCGCAUUCAAGGGGACUUCCUACAUCUGGGCCCCUAGGAUCCCUCCACCCUGCAGACAUGACAGAUGGCACAUACAAAGAAAACAGUCUAGGACUUGAAAUGGAUCACGGAGAGGUGCCUUUUUCAAGUGAUCGAAGGACUCCCCCUGAAACAGAUCCAAGAAUGGGGGUGGCACCACCUCCUGGACCUCCAAUGGGUCCAUUCUCUCGAAGAGCCCCCUACGGACCUCCUGAUUUUUACCCUCCCAGAGGACCACCCAGGAUGCCGAUGUGGGCUCCUCCACCAGGGAUGAUGUUUCCUCCUCGUUUCCCUCACGGUAGACUUCCUCCUCCUCCUCACCUGCUGUCUUACGGUCCCCCGAUGCGGCCUCCUCCACCAGAUGGCUUUCCACCUCCCUCCAUGGGUCCUCCUCCAUCGCAGCAGAACCUCCCUUCGCCGCCACACAGCCAAUCGCCAGAUGAGCACACAUCCUCUUCACAAGGUGCCAUUUGAACUCGAUCAUACAAAGUGGCUUCAUCAUAAUUUAAUGAUAUCUGAAGAGUCGAUAAUGAAUGUCAGUGGAUAGGAACCCAGCUAUUAUCAUCAUCCUUGUUUUUUGUUUUCUGUCUGCCUCACUUUUGCAAGUAUCUGCCAGCUACAUUCACUCUAAGAUGCAGUUGGACUCGCCAUUACCUGGUCUAAUUUAACUGAUGUGCCUACAGAAGGUUCUGCCAAAAGUGUCUGAUGUUAAGUCAUUAGAGCAUGUUCAUUUUUGUUUGAUGACUCACUUUGAAUGAUAUCUAAGGAUGCUUGCGGUAGAUGAUGUAGUGACACAUUUUGGUCAUCAGUGAUUCAUUCUUCCACUUUUGAUGGAAGAAUAAGCCGCUCUGGGGGUGUUUUUUUUAAGCUGAAUAAACUGCUACAUGUCCUGAGUGAUGUUUGUAUUGGAGUGGCAUACAAUUGACGUAAAGACAAGUACAAAGCAUUAAAAAAACAAAAUCAAAAUGUUCAGGCCGAAUGCAAUUGUUGCAUGGAUUUUAUUACCCACUCACCAGGUUUUAUGGUCUCAUUAUGCCAGACUCAAUGAGUUCAGGGGACUUUGCAGAGAGCCUUUUCAUUACACGCCUGAUCAAAAUGCUAAGACCAGCUGAAUUCACAUUUUGCACUGUUGGAUCUAAAGGAGGUAGCGCUUCAACAUGCAAAAAGAACGAGAGUUCAUCAGCUGAUCAAAAGUUUAAGCCCAUAGUUUAACACCCCCCCUCCCCACCCACUCCAACACACGCCACGACCCCAAAAAUCGAAAGAUCUGACAGUGUAAUUUUUAAACAGCUCUUAAAACUUUGAUCAGGAGUGUACAUUUACUUUCAAAACUGGUUUGUGUACUUAUAAAGGCCCUCAGUUCUUUGUGAAUUUUGUAAAAAAAAAAAAAAAAAAAAAAGAUGAAUAAAAAAUGAAACCGUAUUGGGCUCUUCAUGGAUCCUCAGUUUGGAAUACUGGAUGUUAUUCUACACUUUUGGCUUAGCUUCAUUCCAAUCUUAAGCAACAAUGGAGGAUAUCCAAUACAAGAUCAUCAAAUGUUUAUGUUCAUUGUUACUAUGUCUAAUUCAAAGAUGAUUCAUUUUAAAGUCAGAUUUUGCUAGAAGUAACUAAAUGGCUGUAUUUGUUGCAUAUGCUAAUUUAACCGGUGGUAUCGUACACAUAAACGUCAGUCCAGCACUGAAUACAUGUGAACAUUUGUCAUAAAGGUAGUGAAGUUAGUGUAGUGUUAUUGGGAGAUACAAGGACCGCCGAUUAUUUUACGGCAGGAUAAAAGAAAGAUGCUCCUGACCAAUGCGAG